AUGGGAGAGUUACCGGAACCUGUAACAGAAAAGCUAAAGAUUUGCCCCAAAUUGGAUUCGGAACAUCCUCUAACAGCUCAUGUUCCUGCCACCAAGUAUUACACAGCCCUGGUCACAGGAGACCUGAGAAGCCUCGAGGUCCUGACUGAUCGAUACUAUCAAGAUGUCAACCUGGUUUUUGAGAUCAGUAAAAAUGAGCUGGAGUGGCAGGUGAAAAGCCAAGCGUCUUACGGACUCUCAGGGCUGUGGUCGCUGGAGUACAAGCGGGAGCUGAGCACCCCGCUCUGCCUCGCCGCCCGGCGGGGUCACACCGCCUGCCUGCGCCACCUCCUCCGCCGAGGGGCCGACUCCGACCUGGCACCAGGGGGGCUUGGGCCCCUCCACGAAGCCUGCCUAGGGGGUCACACCGACUGCGUCGAGCUGCUGCUGGAGCACAAGGCUGACCCCAACCUGCGGAGCGACAAGGGUCUGGCCCCGCUGCACCUCUGCACCAACCAAGGCUCCCUGGGAUGUGCCAAGCUCCUGGUGAGACACGGGGCCAUCGUCAACCUGCCCAGCGAGGAUGAUGGGGAGACGCCCUUGCACGUGGCGGCCAGGCACUGCCUUCGUGACCACGCCUGCCUCUACCUGCGUCAUGGGGCGCACGUCGACACGCACAGUGGGCGGGAGGAGACAGCCCUCGGCAUCCUCUGUGGGCAAGCACCAGGCGCCGGAGAGGGCUGCCUACAGUUUUGCCAGCUCCUGGCUGCCCAUGGCGCUGACAUCGACGCCCGGGAUGAGAUGCAGAGGAGCCCCUUGCACAAGGCGUGCGGGGCUGCCAACGCCCCCCUGGCACGAUUCCUCUUGCAGCGCGGGGCUGACGUCAACGCCAUCGAUCCCCUGGGCUGUGUGCUGCAGAGGGCGGCCGUCAAGAGGGAGCUGCGGCCCCACCUCACUGUCCAGCUGCUGCUCAACCAUGGCUCCCAGAAGAUAUGGCCCCCAGCCUUUGUCAAGGUGCUGAAGUCCUGUGCAGCUGUGCCAGAGAUCAUUGAAGUCCUCUUCAAUUCCUACUCACAAAUCCCCGUCUCCGAGAAGUGGGCCGAGGCCGUGCCAGAGGAAAUGUUUCAGCAGCACCAGCCAUUCUACGAGUCCUUUUUCCGGCUGGCGGGCACAGUCCGGUGCCUGCAACAUUUAUGCCGCUCUGCCAUUCGGAAAAAGUUUGGCAGCAAAUGCCAUUGCCUUAUCCCCUUGCUGCCUGUGCCCAAGCCAUUGCACGAUUACCUGCUCCUGGAGCCCGAAGGAGUCAUAUUUUGA